AUGUGUUUUUCUUUGCAUAUCCCAAGUGUCUCUGAUUUCCGCACCCAUACCGAAAGUUUCCUGCGGGUCUUCAGCGUCGGCGAUAACGGCUACACAUGGAUCAGGGAGAUCGUAAACGAAGGCAAGACUCGUCCUCUUUCUCAUAUGCUCAGGCUACUGAGCUGUACAGGGAUCGCAAGGGAUACGACCCGUCGUGACAGCGCCACACAUCGGGAGACAUGCGAGGAGAAAAAGGUUCAAGCUAUUUCCAAGGCAAAACUCCACGAAAGCGGUUAUCAAAAGCGUAAACGCAAGCACUCUGAAGUUAGAGCUGAGGACUCCAAAGGCGCUAUGGUUGGUGGCAGGUCAGAACGUCGCCGGCCAGAUUGUACUCCACCUCUCGGAAAGGCAAGGAGGUCCUCCAGCAACGCCUAUCCAACCUACCCGAAUCCGCUAUAUGCGAGCGCUGCUGCCGUUUCCAGAAGUUCCCGUGCUAGGCCUUCCGUACUGACUCCGAAAGCUGGCCGACCACGCCUAUGCCGCCGGCCUUGGGUUUCUGGCUACACAAGAAGAUAA